GUAGCUCCGUUCCUAUUACGCAAUCGCCAAGUUUUGUUGCAGUAGCAAACGCAUGAUCAGGCAUAUACUCACUAGACCACGACCAUGGCUAGACUCUUCCAUGUUUCCAAAAUCUCUCUUUUGGAUUGGGCUUCCGGACAGUGGGUUCUCAUCGCAAGCUGCUCAGCUGACCCAAGAACCAGACGCCAACUGGGCAAUCCAGCAAGUUCCGGAGUUCGAUUCUCGUGCGUACGCAUGUAUGCUUCAAGAUUGCGUCAAGAACUCUCAGUUCGCGUUGGGAAAAUCUCUGCAUUGUGAUAUUCUGAAGAGAGGUGGGAGUUUGGGUCUGUACGGGCGGAACAUUUUGUUGAAUUUUUAUGUGAAGUCUGAGUUGAUGUCUUGUGCCCACCAGUUGUUCGACGAAAUGGCGGACAGAAACAUGGUUUCGUUUGUUACUUUGAUUCAGGGUUAUAUGCGGUUAGAGCAUUACGUUGAGGCUGUUGAGUUGUUUGUUAGAUUGCACAGAGAAGGCCACGAGCUCAACCCCUUUGUCUUCACAACAAUUUUGAAGGUGCUGGUGAAUAUGGAGUGGGCAGAGAUGGGAUGGGGCAUCCAUGCGUGUAUUUAUAAGCUUGGCCAUGACUUGAACCCCUUUGUUGCCACUGCACUAAUUGACGCUUACUCUGGCUGUGGGCUUGUUAAAGCUGCUAGGGAAAUCUUUGAUGGGAUUGUUGAUAAGGAUAUGGUUCUGUGGACUGGAAUGGUUACUUGCUAUGCAGAAAAUGGUUAUUCUGAAGAAGCUCUAGAGCUAUUCUCUGGGAUGAGAUUGGCAGGGUGGAGACCAAACAACUUUACCUUUGCUAGUGUAAUGAAGGCUUGUCAUGCAAUAGAGGCCAUUGACAUGGGGAAAAGUCUUCAUGGGUGUGUUUUGAAGACGAAUUAUAUGGUGGAUCCUUUUGUUGGUAUUUCAUUGCUUGACUUGUAUACAAAAGCUGGAGACAUUAAAGAGGCUAGGUACAUUUUUGAAGAAAUUCCCAAAGAUGAUGUAAUUCCUUGGAGUUUCAUGAUAGCACGAUACUCACAGAGUGACCAGUGUGACGAGGCUUUGGAUUUGUUUUGUCAAAUGAGGGAAGCAUUGGUUGUUCCAAACCAUUUUACUUUUACUAGUGUACUGCAAGCAUGUGCAACAAUGGAGGCUAUGGACCUGGGAAGGCAAAUCCAUUGCCAUGUAACAAAAGUUGGUCUUGGUUCAGAUGUAUUUGUAUCAAAUGCCCUCAUGGAUGUAUAUGCUAAAUGUGGAAUGUUGGAGAGCACAGUGCAACUAUUUACAGAUUCAGCAAACAGGAAUGAUGUAUCAUGGAACACCAUCAUUGUUGGCCAUGUGCAAAUGGGUGAUCAUGAGAAGGCAAUGCAUCUGUUCACAAGUAUGCUUGAAGUCCAAGUGCAAGCUACUGAGGUCACAUACUCUUCUAUCCUGCGUGCUUGUGCCAGCCAAGCUGCAUUGGAGCCAGGUAUGCAGAUACAUGCAUUGACUGCAAAAACUAUUUACGGUCACCAUGUUGCUGUUGGAAAUGCCCUGAUAGAUAUGUAUGCAAAGUGUGGGAAUGUUAAGGAUGCUCGUCUGGUCUUUGAUACACUGAGUCUGCGAGAUGUAGUCUCUUGGAAUGCUAUGGUCUCUGGAUAUUCCAUGCAUGGUUUGGGUAGUGAGGCUCUGAAAGUCUUUGAGAGGAUGCGAAGCAUGGAUAUCAAACCUAAUCAGUUGACUUUUAUUGGUGUUCUUUCGGCAUGUAGUAACACAGGAUCAUUGGAUCUAGGACAAUCUUAUUUCUCCCUGAUGCAAGAGCACUAUGGUAUUGAACCUUGCAUAGAGCAUUAUACUUGUAUGGUGUCACUUUUAGGGCGAUUAGGUCAUCUUGACAGAGCUGUCAAGAUGAUUGAGGAGAUUCCUUAUGAGCCCAGUAUUAUGAUAUGGCGUGCUUUGCUUGGGGCAUGUGUUCUCCAUAGUAAUGUUGAACUUGGGAGAACUGCUGCUGAACGUGUUCUUGAGAUGGAUCCACAAGAUGAAUCGACCUAUGUGUUAUUAUCUAACAUGUAUGCCACUGCAAAAAGAUGGGAUAAUGUAUCUUUUGUUCGGAAAAGCAUGAAGAAGAAACGAAUAAAGAAGGAACCAGGACUAAGUUGGGUUGAAAACCAGGGAGUUGUUCAUUAUUUCUCUGUUGGAGAUGUUUUGCAUCCUGAUAUUAAACUAAUUCAUGCAAUGUUGGAGUGGUUCAACAUGAAAAGCAAGGCUGCUGGUUACAUUCCGAAUCUUGAUGCCGUUUUACUUGAUGUUGAAGAUGAUGAAAAGGCACGGCUUUUAUGGGAACAUAGUGAAAGACUGGCAUUAGCUUUUGCUCUAAUUAGAACUCCUUCUGGAAGCCCCAUUCGUAUUAUUAAAAACCUCAAAAUAUGUAUGGACUGCCAUGCUGCAAUCAAGAUUAUAUCAGCUCUCGUGCAUCGAGAAAUUAUUAUUAGAGAUAUAAACAGGUAUCAUCACUUUCAGGAUGGGAUGUGCUCUUGUGGUGAUUAUUGGUGACACGGGCUCCUUCUUAAUAGUCAUUGGGUGCCAUAUUCAUGGAAGACAAAGCUGGAAGUUGUUCUUUCGGUGGUGCCUUAGAAGUCCCCAUCUUCUUGAUGAAAAUCUGAAAAAACAUGCUGGUAUGAUUUGAUCAUCUGUAUCUUUGAGGGAUGGAUCAUUUACAAAAUUAGCAUAAAGGAAUCCAGAUCUGUUUUUCAUCUAAAUGUGUGGUGUAUGAAUCGCAUUUACUGGGAGGAUUGCAGUCAUAUUUUGUCAUAAAAAUUUGUGAGCUUGGUGCAUCUAGGCUAUUGGUGAAUUAUUCGGUUGUACCUGCUACACUGCGCUAAUUGAGAUGUUAAGAAAGCAUUGCUCAAGAUCUGGAUGGCCGUCUGAGUGUCUGGCUAAACUAGUCUUCAUUUCAACACCAUGUUCUGAAGGUGCAAGCAUACCAGGAAAUGGUGAUUUGCAUAAGAGAAUAAGAGAUCGAAGGACUGCAAGUUGAUUCCUAGGUUGCUACUAAGAAGAACAAGGACAAGGACAGAUCUGAGCAAAAGUCUGGUCUCUGUUGAUUAGUUGAGUCACCAUGAUUUACCCUGCCACAAUCUUGUCGGGCUGGAGUGUUGGUUCGUCUGGAGUGUGCAAUUUCAUCUUUUGUCACAAGAGAUCGGGAACAAUGCUUGUACAUUCAAGGUUGGCUACUAAGAAGAACAAGGACAAGGACAAAUUUGAGCCAAAGUCUGACCUCUGUUGAUUAGUUGAGUCAUCAUGAUUUACCCUUCUGCAAUCCUGUCGGGUCGCUUGGAGUGUACGAUUUCACCUUUUGUCACAUGAGAUCGGGAACAAUGCCUGCACAUUCAAGGUUGGCUACUAAGAAGAACAAAGACAAGGAUAGAUUUGAGCAAAAAUCUGAUUAGUUGAGUCACUAUAAUUUAUCCAUUUAUAAUCUUGUCGGACCGGAGUGUGGGGUCAUCGCUUGGAGACUGGAGUGUGUGAUUCUAUCUUUUGUCACAGGAACAAUGCCUGCACAUUCAAGGUUGGCUACUAAGAACAUAGGAAGAUUAAACAGUUGAUUCCUUGUCCUUGUUUUAGAAUAUUAUUUUUAUACCACUUAAUUUAAUUUGAUUAAAUAAAAUUUGUAUAUCUGUAAAAUCUUGGAGAGGAUGCGAGUAGUAUCUUUUUCCCGUUGGCAACUGUCGGAAUCUUUGGCCCCACAAUUUCCGGCAGCCCGGCCAAUGUUACAGCUUCAAGGCUUUCCCACCCACACAUAUAUAU